AUGGAGAAAGAGCACUAUCCAGUUCCUCCAUCAGAGAUCCAAAUCAGGGUGAAUUCAAGAAGAGGAGGAAACAACUCUAUUAUCCACCCAGUAGAGAUAGAUACUCCAACUCACCAAGUAUUGCCGGCAAUGGCAUCAUCAUCAUCAGCUCCAUCACCAGUGGUCUAUAGAGAAGCUAAGCACCUCAAGACAUGGUGGCCUUGGUUAAUACCUGCUUUUGUGAUUGCCAAUGUUGUUAUGUUUAUUAUCACUAUGUAUGUUAAUAACUGUCCCAAGAAGUCUGUCUCUUGUAUUGCUCGGUUCUUGGGUAGGUUCUCUUUUCAGCCCUUUAAAGAGAACCCUCUUCUUGGUCCUUCAUCCAUCACGCUACAGAAAAUGGGGGCUCUACAUGUACAGAAAGUAGUUGAUGGACAUCAGGGGUGGCGGCUCAUCACCUGCAAUUGGUUACAUGGAGGGGUUUUUCAUUUGUUGGCGAAUAUGUUGUCUCUUUUGGUUAUUGGCAUUCGGCUUGAGCAGGAAUUUGGGUUUGUAAAGGUUGGUUUGCUAUAUGUCAUCUCUGGGUUUGGUGGGAGUUUGCUUUCGGCUCUUUUUAUCCAAUCGAAUAUCUCUGUUGGUGCUUCUGGUGCACUCUUUGGGUUACUUGGUGGCAUGCUCUCUGAAAUCAUAACUAAUUGGACAAUAUAUGCUAAUAAGGUGGCAGCUUUCAUGACUCUUGUGGUGAUCAUCGCGAUCAAUCUAGCAGUGGGAAUUCUACCCCAGGUUGACAACUUUGCCCAUAUUGGAGGAUUUCUUUCUGGUUUUCUCCUCGGGUUCGUGUUUCUCAUCCGCCCACAGUUUGGAUGGUUUAACCAAAGAUAUGCUCCUCUUGGGUAUAUUCCAGCGUCAGUAAAAUCUAAGUUCAAGACUUAUCAGUGUGCAUUGUGGAUCAUAUCUCUCAUCCUUUUAAUUGUUGGGUUUACCAUUGGCGUGGUUCUGCUUCUCCGAGGAGUUGAUGCAAAUGAACAUUGUUCAUGGUGUCAUUAUUUGUCUUGCGUCCCUACUGCAAAAUGGAGCUGCAAAACUGAACCUGCAUACUGUUUGUCCACCCAAAUACGGAACCAGCUGAACUUAACGUGCUCAAGCAAUGGAAAAUCGAGCAUGUACAUAUUGCCUGGUGCAACGAGUUCCCAGAUACAGGGGCUGUGUACUGAGCUUUGCCGUUGA